AUGUUGAACAACACAGUGACUGACGCGACGUCCUCCGAUGAGGAACGCGACGAAGAAAGCGCUAUGUACAAUGGCAAGCCUCAAGACGGGCAGGAACCGUUGCAUAUCCUUGUGACAGACUUGCAAGAGAAAAUGUUUACUAUGGAGACAAAGUUGAAACGAUAUGAAGAUCAAGGAGUUCGAAAGCGACCAUCAACUUCGAGGCCUUCCCUCAAAGAAGCCCCUAUGUUUGCAAGUUCGAUGUCAAUGGGAAUGGACUUGGACCCAAUGGACGAGGAAGAAGACGACGAAGACGAAGUUAGGGCCUUUCCACACAGUACAGUCUCAUUCCUGUUGCUCGCAAAAUGGCCACUGUGUGGGCACAGUCCACCUGAGGAUGCGCUAGAAUGCAGUCAACAAGGACAUGUCCUCAGAGCAAAGCAUCGAUCUCGUGACUAUAUGUGUCUUCCAUUUUGGUUAU